ACUUACGCUAAGGUUGCUACAAAGAAGGUUGAUCUGUAAUUACUGUUAGUUGCUGUGAUCUCUGGUUUCAUUGUCACAUUAUUCAUUUCUGGGAUGGAAAGCAAGUAUGAAGAGAAGCCUCAGGAUAUUGAACUUACUGAAUCGGAAGUCACUAAAACUCGCCCUCCUUUUGGUGAUGACAAUGAGUACAUAGUCAAUAAAGAUACUGAAACUAUCCUGAAGGAUUCGUCGAGAAAGUCCAGUCGAAAAUGGAGACUAGAAGGUGUAAAUAUUGUCGUGGUGUCUGUAAUUAUCUUAUCAGCUGCUAUAACUAUAGCCUUAAUUCUAAGUAUUAUUUUCGGGCAACCUCAGGUUGCACCUCAUGGAGCUGUAGUGGUUGAUGAUGACUUCUGUGGAGAAGUUGGUUUAAAUAUUAUGAAGAGAAAUAAAGGAAAUGCUAUCGAUGCAAUGGUGUCAACUGUAAUAUGUUUAACUGUAACUCGUCCGGAUGUAGCAAGUUUGGGUGGUUGUGGUGCUAUGAUGGUUCGUGAUCGCAAUAAGCAGACAAGCCAUUUAUUCGACUUCUCCUGUCCUGUUCGUAAUAAUGUCGCAGACAUCGAUAAACCGAAUAGAAGUAACCAUGCAAGCCUAGUAGGUAUUCCUGCACUUGUGCGUGGUCUUGCGGCAAUGCACAAACAAUUUGGUUCUUUGAAAUGGUCUGAUCUUUUUCAUGGAGCAAUCGAUUUGGCUACAAAUGGUUUCAAGCCCAGUGAAUCUUUAAUUCAAGCUGCAAAUGAUCCAAAUCUAUCCAUUUCCCCAGAAUUCAGACCAAUUUUAAAACAACUGACCAGUGGUGUAUUACCUUACAUAUCAUCAAUCGAUCUGCAAAUGAUGUUAAAACAAUUGGCUGAGAAAGGUGUAGAUUACUUUUAUGGUGUUGAGGGGAACACAUUCAACAAACAGUUUGUCAGUUAUAUGAAUCAACAAGGUUUCGCAUGGACUAUAAAUGAUUUAGUAAACUAUGAAGUUCACCGUCCAACUGCACUAAAAAUGGGUUUUGCAGGUUUCACUAUAGAAUCUUUCCCUCCUCCAUUGGUCGGUGGAGUCUACCUCCUACUUCUUUUGGGUAAUCUAGAUCUUAAAGAGUCUAUGAAUGCACUGAAUCAUGAGGCAUUACUUAAAGCAGACCCUUAUGUGACUGCUAUCUACCUGCAUCGGUUGGCUGAAUUAUCUCGUUUAGCUGAAGCAUCAGUUGCCACACUUGGAGAUAUUGAUGACCCUAAGAUACGUGAUGCUGCUACAAAUGCCCAGAACUCUUUGUUUUCUAAAUCUUCACGUGAAGCUACUGUGACCAGUAUUAAAGAUAAUAAUAUAGUGCCAGAACAUUCACUCCUUGAUGUCCUUCAGACAACUUCGGAAGGCUCAAGUAUUGGUGGUACUGGAGUUGUAACCACAGAUUCAACUAGUUUUACAGUUGUUGGUAAUGUAUACAUGGGGUCACCGUUUGGCAGUGGAAAAGUUGUACCAGGCACUGGUGUUCAUUUGAAUUCUGCUCUACGUCUUUUCUCUGAAUCGAAAUUAAACAACUUCUCUGCUGGACGUCGACCUCUAGUGCCUAUCGGACCAACCUAUGUAUCUACUACGCAUAGAAAAUGUGGUACACGUGUCGGUGUUGCUUCAAAUGAUGGAUUAUGGGGUCUCACAGAUGCAGCACAAGUGAUAAGUAAUGCAGCUUUAUUCCUACGAAAUUCAAAGUGUCAGGCUUCAAUUCGAACUUUUGGAUCUCCGACUACAGAAUUCGGUAUAGGUUCAUCUACAACUAAGGAACAAACAUCUACUCCACUACUUGGCCGGGCUGUCUUCAGUCCAGCAACAGAAAAUAGUUGUAUUAAUCCAGAGAUAUCUGUAUCAUUAUCUCGUCUGCAUCCAGAGUACAAUACACGUAAUCCUGGGACAAUAACUGUUGAAACACCAGAUAAUAAUAAUCCAAAGUUAUUGAAACAUCUUGAAGGAUUCGGUCAUCCUAUACAAACUCUGUCAACUCGUAAAUGGCCUGGUCGUGUUUUUCUAGCUGGUUGGAAUGGUUAUGAUAUGAUAGCAUCAGGUGAUACUCGUUCGGCUGAUAGUAAAACUUUAUACAAAUAUUAAAACUAAUUUGUUUGUUUUUUUUUUUUCUACAUAAAAUAAUGUGGCAUUUCUUUCUUCUUUUUUUCCCCUGUCUGUUGUUACUUGCCGUACUUUUUCUCAAAGGCUGUGAAAACUAUCUGUGUACUCUUUUCUCACCGCAACCCCGUCGCCUUGCCAUUGUGUGAAUCUCUACUCGGAGAUAUAAUUAUUUUUUUGUUGUUUAUUCAUUCGUUCGUUCAGUAUUUUUGCGUUAUUUUGAUCUUUUUUGUGUGCGUUUUUCCUGACCAACAGUUGUUGCUACAUUGAUUAUUAGCAAGUAAUAACCUCAGUUUAUCUUAUGUCUUUCGGCUGUGCAACAUUUUCUUUAAAGAAAAAGGUUUUAUUUUAUCACCAUUCUAAAUUAAUCUUUUCAUAUUUUGAGACAAAUAAAAUCAUCGUCGUUUA